CAUCCAGCUCCGUCCACAAGAUCCCCUGAAAUUCCCAGACAUAGAAUAUACGAAGAAAAUGGCCCAGCAGCCGGGUGAGAAGACCAAGCCGAAUCCCACCGAUCCCAAGUCGCGGAAACUCAAGUUCGCCGGCUGUUGCCAUCUGAAGGACGAGGCCCUGGCGCGCCUGUACAGGAUCGACCGGCUGACCGACGAGGAGCUGGCCUCCGUGGGCCUGCAGCGCAGCUCCCUGAUCGACGACUAUCGCCAUCUGCACGAGAUGUCGCUGAUGAGGAAGUGGGUGAACGGAGUGCGUCCAGGUCGCACUGCUCAGACGCAGAAGAGCAGCCGCUCCAAGCUGCCCCAGUUGCGCGUCCCGGAGUUCAAGCCCGCCAAGCUGUACAAAUUCCAGCUGCUCAACCAGCUGGUCAAGGUGAUGAGCUUCGAGAAGGAACCGGAGUCCGUCUUCAACGAGCAGCAGUUCGAGUUCGAUGCAGACUACCAGGAGGACGAGGAGGUCCAGCGGAUGCCGCCCAAGGAGCGCCAGCGCCGCCGCUUCGAGUCCUUCUGCGAUCACCUGGACAACAUGUUCAUCAGCGGCGACCGCAACAUGGCCAUCGAUCUCGUCGUGGACGCCCUCAUCCGUCUGAACAGGCGCCGCAAGCAGCUGCCCCCCACUGGGCCCGCCAAUCCCAGUCGCCUCCUGCCAGUUCCCAGGCGGGAGUACUAACUGUAGGGCAUCUGGAGCCAUUAUCCGUAGUCCGAGUUCCAUAGUCCGUAGUCCAUAGUCCGUAGUCCCACACCAAAAUCAUUCCAAAGCGUGCAUUAGUAGUAAAAAGAAAAGAUGGAAAAUCGAAAGUUCUCUUUUUUGUUAAUUUUUAUUUCGAUUCUCCACUGAAAUACACUUCUCUCCAGUAUAUUAUAUAUUUUAAACACAUUUUAAAUUAAAUUUCGAUUUCCCAUUCAAAAA